AUGGCUUUAAGAAAAAUAGUUGUUGCCGGAAGCUCGGGAACUCUAGCUGACCACGUACUCGGUGCUCUUUUGGACAGCAAAACGGCAGAUUUUACUGUCACAGUUCUCACUCGCCGCGAUAGCGGUAAAAAUGUUUCAGUCCCUGGGGCUCGUGUGGUGCAAGUGAAUUACGAUGACAAAAAUGAGCUUAUUUCGGCAGUUGCUGAUGCAGAUGCUAUCAUCAAUCUUGUUUCUGGUAAAGUGGGGAGCGUGGUGGACCUGCAACUACUCGACGCUGCUAAAAAGGCCGGGGUUCGUAGAAUCUUUCCUUCCUCGUGUGGACUGGACAUACUACAUCCCGUGGCUACUUCCCUCUUAACUCGGUCAGAUGGCAGCGCCUUGGGAAAAGGUGUAGCCCCAAUUCAAAAUGCUCGUAUGUUUCUGGCUCUCGGCGAAGAGAAUUCUUCUGUGAGUUUUACUACACUCGUGCCCUCCAUCUUCCUUGACGCCGCUCUCGAGGGUCGCUUUGGCACCAUCGAGCCCCAGAACCGCAAGGUUACGGUUUUCAAUGGAGGGGAGGAGUAUUUCACGGGCUGUUCGCUGCCUUUCUUGGGUGCAUGUUUUGCCGCUGUUUUGCAAAUGGAUGAAGAGAGCACUAAGAAUAAGCGCAUCCGUGUGGCGGAGGUGCGCACUACCUUGAAUGAGAUUGUAGACACAUUUGAAAAGGUUGCAAAAGUGCCCUUUGAAAAAGUACCAGCCAGCCUCGAAGCAGUGGCUGCUAAGCGUGAGAUGCUACUGUCAGAAAACCAAGCACUCCCAGCUUUCCAUCUCAGUCUGCUCAUCUCACUUUUUAACGGGUGUGGGGCUGGAGAUAUCGAAGAUGGGCUAGAAUUUGACGGCGAAGGCUUUUUAGUAGGCAAAAGGAAGUCAAUCGAAGAACUUGUUGCUGAGGCUGUUUCUAAGGUCAAAGUAGUUUGA